AAUCCCUCUUAUUCUUCUGAAGGCAACAAAGUCUCUGUGGAUUUGUACUAUGAAACCCUUUGUCCUGAUUGCUCUGAUUUCAUGAUCAAACAUCUCAUCAAGCUCUUCGACACCGGACUCAUAUCCGCCGUUGACCUCAAUCUAGUCCCUUACGGCAACGCCAAGGUCGGACCCAACAGCACCAUCACUUGCCAGGAAUUCCCGACUGGCAAAACAAACCAACUGUUAUUACCUACCUCAUCAAACCACCAAUAAACUGUUUCAUUCUCUCUCCCACACUCUCUAUAUAUAUAUAUAUCUCUCUCUCAGACUAGCUUUCACUUCCAUGGCUUUCGCUAGCAAGACCCUUUCGUUUUCUCUAGGUUUCGGGUUUUUGUUGUUGUUGCUAUGGUCUCCCCACACAUGUUCUGCUUCGGCUAGAAGUUUUAUGCCUUUGGAAUCUGGCAAAGUGUCCUUGGCUCUGUACUAUGAGUCCCUCUGCCCCUACAGCGCAAAUUUUGUUGUGAAUUACUUGGUCAAGCUCUUUGAGGAUGAUCUAAUCUCUAUUGUUGAUCUCAAGCUUGUGCCUUGGGGCAAUGCCAAGCUCAGAGGCAAUGACACCUUUGUUUGCCAGCAUGGUCCUUCUGAAUGCUUAUUAAACACGGUGGAAGCCUGUGCAAUUAAGACCUGGCCUGCACUGAAUGAUCAUUUUCCUUUCAUUUAUUGUGUUGAGAGUUUGGCUUAUGAGGGCAAGUAUCCCCAGUGGGAGUCAUGUUAUGAAAAACUGGGCCUUAACUCAACACCUAUUGCUGAAUGCUACAAUAGUGGAACUGGCAAAGAGCUUGAACUACAAUAUGCAGCUGAAACUGAUGCACUUCAGCCUCCACAUCAGUAUGUGCCGUGGGUAGUUGUGGAUGGACAGCCACUUUAUGAGGACUAUGAAAACUUUCUAAGUUAUGUCUGCAAUGCUUAUAAUGGCACCGCAAUGCUCAAGGCUUGCAAUAAAGUGUACCUCAAUUCUAUCCAAAUGGGAAAGGAAAAACCUAGCGAUCCAGUCAACUGUAAUGAGGGAAAGAUGCCAGCAUUAAUUGGAAGGAUUCGAUCAGCUCUAACUUCGUGGAUGAAUCAGGUGAACAUGGCAUUUUGGAUAUAGAUGUCUUGUAGCGCCAUAGGGACUUUAUCCGUGCAUCGAUCAAAUGUGUAAUAUCUAGAAAUUAAGCUUGGCUGUAUCACAGUUGGAAGUUGAGUGCAGUUGCUUGACUUUGUUGGUAAUGAAGAAAGAGACUUCAUAUGUUGCUAGCCUAUGCCUAUCUUUAUCUGCACUAUGAUAAAUAAAUAUACAGUAAAGUGGUGUAGAUAUAUAAAUGAUGUUCAUUAUGUAUCUUCUUCCAGAAAUAGUUGAAAUGAAAUAUUGGAACAAGGUAGACUUUAA